CCAGGAAGGAGUGGACUAAAGGACAGUCACCUGGUUUGAGGGCUGAGUUCCCAGCCAACAAACUGCAAGAGUGACUAUCAACGGGGUUGCUAGCCCAGCUAGAAAGCUGUGACAUGAGGCCUGGCCAGGAUCUAGCGGAGAUGUCUGGUGAACUGCCCAUGGACUCUGUGCCCAGCACCACUCCGAAAUUAUUCACUACCUUCAAAGAAACAGGGCACAGCUCAGCCUGUUAGUCUCUGUCCCAGCCACUUACACAGAUGUAUGCUGCAGCCAGCCCAGCUCAGAGAGCAGUGGGGACAGAUGAUCUCAUCCUGUCAAACCAAGCAACCCAUUGAGGCUUAGAUGGAAGAUCCCAUGCAUCUCCUGGAGAGGAUGUGUCCGGAAUCCUGGAGACUGUUUCCUGCAGGAGGUUUGAGCAGGGAGAAAUCACUCACUGUCAUGACCCAUGGGUCAUUAACCCGGGUCUGCAGGGUUCAUGGGAGCAGCCACACUCCAGCAGGCCACCUGGAAGCCUACUAAAAACUGCUUACCUAGGACUUACGAAGUCCAGAUCCAGUUUGAGGCUCCAUCCCUGAGGCCUACUGGCAGAGUCCCAGAGCAGAUAAUUGGCCCCCGGGACCUCCUUAAACCAACAGCAGGAACAAGAAGCUGUCUGAACACCCGAGCUCCCCUGUCUUCUGGACCAUGUGUUAGCUGUUCCUGCUCCCACUCCCCAGGCUUGAUUUCCUGGCAUCCUGACUCGCUGUGACUCAUCUGAUUUGAGGAUCUGAACACAAUUUGGUCUUUUGCUUCUGCUCUUCCAGUAUCCUGACCCAGCUGACUCUCGACUCCUGUCUUCUGAGUGUGGACUCUGCCUCUGACCACUAGGUCUGGCUGCCCAUGACCCGGCCAUGACACUGACUUUUUUACUAUUCCUCCAAUGCCCUUUUCUGCGCUCCAGCUCUGCUCUCCCAGCAAGACAGACCAAUCCCCUGGCUCCCAGAGUCCUGGUUGCUGCUAUUCAAGGGCUCAGGGGUAGUGCUUGUAUUGCCCCCUCCCCCACCACAGCUGCUUUUCCUAUGGGAAUCUCCCCAGCGCAGAGGAGAAAUCUGCUCUUCUCUUAGAAUCAGUCCUGGCAGCAAUUCAGGAAGUCAUAGAAGGACGGUCUGCUAAGCUCCCUCUGCCACUGUCAGAGACCAUUACUGGUGAGUGCCAAGUGACUGAGCAGGCAGCUCCUUGAGAGACUUCUGGGGCAGGGUAGUCGUGUUUGACGGUGAUCUCUGAAAGCCAUGCAAAGAGUGCAGCAUUGAAGAGACUCUCCUGCUGUAACAAAGGGUUUCUGUUCUCCUACAUAGUCAGACAGUGAGGCCAGUUUGCAGCAUGUGGAAGAGCUGUUUGGUGAUGAGUUGGAGGAUUCACCAUAUAGGUGGCAGCAGCUGCAGAUCCUGGAGUCCCUAUGGUUUAAUGGACCAUCACCUGGUGAUGCACCAGCUGUGGUGUAACGGUGUGCUGGAAGGCAUCCGGAUUUGUAGGAAGGGAUUCCCAAGCAGAAUGCUAUACGCUGACUUUAAACAAAGAUACAAAAUCCUGAAUGCCUCAGCCAUCCCCAAAGGCCAGUUCAUUGACAGUAAGAAUGCUCCAGAAAAGCUUCUCUCCUCCACUGAUGUCGAUCACAAUCAGUACAGAUUUGGCCACAGUAAGGAUUAUUUGUCUGGCACCUUCCGAAACCAGCAGUACGGCAAAUGCCAUGCAAGUUUAUGCACUAUUGUGGAGUAGUCAAUAAAAGAUGGAUUACAUUUCAGCACCUUAACUUCCUCAAACGCAUGUAUGUAACACAGUACAACAAAGACCUCAGUCAGCAAGCAAAACCAAAGUCAGAUCCAGUUGCACCUCCUUUCCUUGAGAAAAAACAUUUGGGUCAAGAAAAAACAGUUAUACAUGAGAUCAGACCAGUUUCACCUCUUCACCCACCUUCGUCUGAGACUUCGAACAGAAAUGAAUUCAAAGCAGUAAAUUCAGCUGCAAUUGUAGAAGACUUGGCAACAGCCAUAGGAGCAGAAUCCAAAGAAGAAAAACAAUGGAAAGAAAUGAAGCUACAACUGGAUGAUUUACCAGGAAUUUUGGCACGUUUGUCCAAAAUCAAACUUACAGCUCUGGUUGUGAGUACCGCAUCUGCUGGGUUUGCUAUGGCUCCGGUUCCUUUUGACCUAACUUGUUUCCUGCUUACCUCCAUUGGAACUGGACUUGCUUCCUGUGCAGCCAACUCCAUCAAUCAGUUCUUUGAGGUUCCCUUUGACUCGAAUAUGAACAGGACAAAAAACAGACCCCUGGUGCGAGGACAGAUCAGCCCUCUGCUUGCAGUGUCCUUUGCCGCCUCCUGUGCAGUUCCAGGAAUCGCCCUGCUGACGCUGGGAGUAAAUCCUCUCACUGGGGCACUGGGAGCCUUCAACAUUUUCCUGUACACGUGUUGUUACACACCGAUGAAAAGAAUGAGCAUCGUCAACACGUGGGUGGGAGCUGUCGUUGGUGCCAUUCCCCCCAUCAUGGGCUGGACUGCAGCUACCGGCAGCCUUGAUGCUGGCGCGUUGUUGUUGGGAGGAAUUCUCUAUUCCUGGCAGUUUCCUCAUUUCAAUGCCCUGAGCUGGGGCCUCCGGGAGGAUUACUCACGAGGAGGAUACUGCAUGAUGUCCGUCACUCACCCUGCGAUGUGCCGGCGGGUUGCUCUGCGUCACUGUUUGGCCUUAAUUGGACUCUCAACAAUGGCCCCCAUCCUCGAUGUCACCACAUGGAAUUUUCCACUCAUUUCACUCCCUAUCAACUUGUACAUUUCCUACCUCGGCUUUCGGUUCUACAGGGAUGCAGAUCGCAGCAGCUCCAGGAAACUUUUCUUCUGCAGCCUGUGGCACUUGCCAAUGCUUCUGCUUCUCAUGCUCACAUGUAAGAAAUCCCUGCUAGAAAAAGAAGACAAAAGUGAGCUUCUCAGUUGAAAUUGGGUUGCCUUAAUGUCAAUUAGAGCUAAUGACACCUAUUUUAUUGUCAAGCAGAGGGUCUUUUGCUAAUUAUGGGCAGGAAAAUCUAUGGCAAUGUGUUUAAAGAGAAUCCCUUGUGCCCAGUGACCACUUAUUUCUUUUUAGAGGGAGGAACUUGGGGGACUUAAAUGGCUCAUGAGCGUGGUCAAUGGGAUCAC